AUGCCUCCCCAUUCUUCCCUCUUUCAAACAAUCCAGUCACAUUCCGAUGAAACUCUUCGGAACAGAAGUACCACCAGAAAAACAACAACAUCUCGGGAAAGGGAAAGUAGGAAGUGUCCACUUUGUAUGAGAUCACGUCUAGGGAGUUCAUCUGAAGGUUGUGUUCAUGCAAAGGCUUUGAUUCAGAAAACUAAUCUAAAGGCUCCAUUCAUAGGUUUACAUAAUAGUAGGCUAUUAGAUAGAUGCCCUACCUCUAGUGUUAAAUUUCCAGAGUUUAAGGCUUUAAUUGAAAAGACAAUCGAAGAGUUUACAGACUUGGUUCCAGCCAAUGAUUUUACAAUCGAUAAGAAGCCUUAUAGAGAAAUGCUUAAUAGGCACUUUUAUCAAAAGAUUAAUGAUUUGGCUAUUAUCAGAGGAAUAUUUCCAAGAGAUUCAAAUGAUAAGCAAUCAUGGAGUGAUGAUGCAAUUGAAUAUGAUGACGAAAAUGAUGAAAUUACUAUUGUAAAUAAGAACAAUACCAGAAUUGACCAACCAUCAAUCCCUCCUGCUAGACCUUUAAAUCAACAAUCACCAUCCAACACACAAGCAAUCAUUCCAACCAAACAACCAAAGAUCAAACCUGCCAGCAAACCGAAAACACCUAAGCAAACCACUGUAACACCACCCCUUACAACACCUGUUUCAUUCACCAAUACGCAACCAAAAUCCCAACCAUCCAUAACAACCCCAAGCAAUUGUACAAAGCAAUUAAUCCUAGAUGUAGAUAGUCCAAUCAUAACAACACCAAAGAUAACAUAUCCAACAAUCAAGCCAGAGAAAGUCCUAACAACAACUCAAUCCACUCCAAAUCUAAAGAAAUCUGAUGAUUCAUUCCUCAAACCAUCCCCCAUUAGUCCCGUUUCUGUAAGAAAGACUCCCACCAUAACAACACCUGCCAGAAGGUCUUCUAUCCCUUCCACUAAACAACCAACGUAUCUUCCAAGUACUCCUCAAAAGAUUCAAAAGCAAAAGAUAAUGCUCAAGAACAAUAGAACUAAAAAGAGAGAAUUAAUGAUGCUCUCCCAAUCUGAUUUUAAUUCUCUACAAUCUCUGGGUGAAGCACUUGUCCAAAACUGGGAAGAAAAACCACCAAUCAACCAAAUCAAAUUUAAAUACCCAGAGAAUGGUAAGAAAAUUCAUGUCAAUACUACCGGGCUUGAAGUUAUAAAGGACAUGUUUGGAAAGUAUGACUUGUUAGAAUUUUCAAUUGGUAAGAAACAAAGAUACCUCACAACUCCCAAUAAAGUUCACAAUAUGUAA